GCCAAGCCUGUGAACGUCGAAGAGCCUCAUAAGCGCGACCACUUCUCAUUGAAUGAUCGCAGUUCAGUCGCAUUACCCUUCGACACGCGUUUCGAAUAUCACUGCUGUCUAUUCAGAUACAAUAGGCUUCUAACAAUACUCAGAUGACCAUCUAUUGCGCGCGACGUAGCUUAGGUUGAAUGCGCACCGUUGCGAACCCAUCGAGGUCUACUUGAAUCCAUUCACAAAUACAUAGCCCGACCGCGGAAUCGUCACAAAUCUACACCUCGCUAUCGUAAAACUCUCCUAUCAUAGUAGUCAUGGCAGCCAAACGAAAGCAUGCGGCGCUCGCACCGGAGGAUGAUGAUCCAGUGGAUCCCUCCGAUGAGCUCAUGUUUCUAUGCCUAGGUGGUGGAAACGAAGUCGGUCGAUCAUGCCAUAUCAUACAAUACAAAGGGAAAACUGUUAUGCUUGACGCUGGCAUGCACCCUGCUUACGAAGGACUGUCUGCCAUGCCUUUUUACGAUGAGUUCGACUUGAGCACGGUGGAUGUGCUUCUGAUCUCCCAUUUCCACGUGGAUCACGCAGCCUCCCUCCCAUAUGUCCUCGCAAAAACCAACUUCAAAGGUCGAGUCUUCAUGACGCAUCCGACAAAAGCUAUCUACAAAUGGCUCAUCCAAGAUUCCGUCCGUGUCGGGAACAUCUCAUCCUCGUCUGAGACCAAAGUUCAGAUGUACACCGAAGCGGACCAUUUGAACACAUUUCCAAGCAUUGAGGCAAUCGAUUUCCACACCACACAUACCAUAUCUGGUAUACGGAUAACACCAUAUCCUGCUGGCCAUGUGCUUGGUGCGGCCAUGUUUCUCAUCGAGAUCGCGGGGUUGAAGAUACUGUUCACUGGAGACUAUUCGAGAGAAGACGAUCGGCAUUUGGUCUCCGCAGCUGUUCCCAAGGGCGUCAAGAUAGACGUACUCAUCACGGAGUCGACGUUCGGUAUCUCAACACAUGUGCCGCGAGUACAAAGAGAGACGCAGCUUAUGAAGUCCAUUACGGAUAUCCUGAACAGAGGCGGGCGCGCUCUUCUCCCAGUGUUCGCGCUUGGCCGAGCCCAGGAACUCCUGCUCAUCUUGGAUGAGUACUGGCAGAAGCACCCGGAGUACCAGAAGAUCCCCAUCUAUUACAACUCCAGUCUUGCCCGUAAAUGUAUGGUUGUGUAUCAGACAUACGUAUCAGCAAUGAACGAUAACAUCAAACGAUUGUUUCGAGAGCGCAUGGCUGAGGCCGAAGCAGCCGGUGACGUGGGCAAAGGAGGACCAUGGGACUUCCGAUUCGUUCGAAGUUUGAAAAAUCUCGAUCGUUUCGACGACAUGGGCGGCUGCGUCAUGUUGGCAUCGCCAGGUAUGUUGCAGUCAGGUAUAUCUCGCGAGCUGCUCGAGCGCUGGGCGCCAGAUCCGAGGAACGGUGUCGUCAUCACGGGUUACUCGGUCGAAGGGACAAUGGCAAAGCAGAUUGUCCACGAGCCAGAGCAAAUUCCAGCGAUCACUCAACGAGCGACGAAUUCUGCACGACGGCCGGGUCAGAAAGAGGGCGAGCAAAUAAUGAUCCCGCGACGAUGCACAGUUCAAGAAUACAGUUUUGCGGCACACGUCGACGGGAAGGAGAAUAUGGACUUUGUGCAAGAGGUGGCUGCACCAGUUGUAAUUCUCGUGCAUGGCGAAAAAGGCAACAUGACCCGCCUCAAGUCGAAGCUUCUUAGUUUCAACGCACAGAAGAAGACGCCCGUCAAGAUUUACUCGCCAGCAAACUGUGAGGAGCUUCGUAUACCAUUCAAGACUGAUAAGAUCGCCAAAGUGGUCGGGAAACUCGCGAGCUUACACCCCCCCAUGCCACCUAAAGGAAUAGAUGGUGACGACGAAGACAUCUCCAGUGAUACAGAAGAAGAGCAAAACCAGCUCAUCAGCGGAGUGCUGAUCCAGAACGACUUCAAGAUCAGUCUGAUGGCACCCGAAGAUCUCAAAGAGUACGCAGGCCUGACGACGACGACGAUCGUCUGCCGCCAACACCUCACAUUAUCCGCCGCGGGCGUUGAGCUCAUCCGAUGGGCACUCGAAGGGACAUUCGGUGCCAUCAAAGAACGCACCAUAACCGACCACGCCAUCAACGGCAAGGAAAGCGCAACAAACGGCACAGGGAACCACGAAGAAGCCGACGAGGAGGUGGAACGGUCGAGCAAAGCUUUCCAAGUCAUGGACUGCGUAACGGUAUAUUGUCGACCAGGUGGUCGUGUAGAGGUGGAAUGGGAAGGCAACAUGAUCAACGACGGCAUCGCCGACGCUGUCCUGGCCGUCCUGUUCUCUGUGGAAAGCAGCCCAGCCUCCGUUCGACAAUCAUCACGCUCACAUUCCCACUCGCACGCUGAACCCCCAUCAUCACCAACAUCCCUCGCCCUACCCACCCACUUCAAAUCCGACUCGACUUCCUCCGCCACCUCCGCCACCUCACCCUCAUCCACCUCCCCGACCAAAUCAACAACGCCACCCUCAGCGCCCUCGGAGUCGCCGACGAACCCACACAAGACCCCCGACCCAUCCACCCGCCUCUCCCGCCUCUUCCUCUUCCUAGAAGCCCAAUUCGGCGCCGACUCCGUCCACCCAAUCACCUACCCCCGAAACUCACCCUCCGACCCUGCCAACAACCCCACAAUAACAACAUCACCAACACCUCCCCCCUCCGGCACCCCAACAGCAAACGAAACAGCAACAACACCAACCACAGUCUCAAUAUCCGGCAACCCCCUCACGCCCACAUCACAACCCAUCCUCUCCCCCUCCGACAAGGCCGAACUCAAACGCCUCCACUCCCUCGGCAUACCGGUGCCCGGAAUCGAAAUCAGGUUCGACAGGUACGUAGCCAGGGUGUGGCUCGAGGACCUGGACGUCGAGUGCGCGAGCGUGCCGCUGCGGGCUAGGGUGAAAGCCGUCGUGGAGAGGGGCGUCGAGUGCGUUAGUGGGCUUUGGUCGUGAGGGGGCUUUGUCUCUUCUACCUUGUCUUGUCUUUCGAGUCUUUCAUGUCCGUGGGGUGGUUUCUUUGCGGAAGGGUUGGGUGGAUGGGUGGUCGUUUGUCUGUGAUUGUGUGCUUUGCAGAAGGAGAAACAAGAGAAUGAAAUUUCAUGGAGGGAUAUACUGGUGUCGAGGAAGCGGAGGAUGAGGAUAUGAAAGUGGAUGUGCAUGGUACUAUUAUAUCAUAUUCCCCCACCCCAGAAUUUUAUUAAAAAUAUACAUAUAUACAUGCACGCAGGCAAUAUGAUCGAUGCUCAUUAUUUUUGCCUUGUAGUCUUCUGAGAACGGUUUAGAGGGAGUGAGUAGGUGGUAGCGAUGAAGAUACAGAACCGAU